AAAAUGUUCGCAUUGUGGUACUUGUCUUUUGCAAUCGAUGAAAUACGAAAACAUUUCGGUUGGUUUUUUGAUAACUUGAAUAUAAAGCUUGGCAAAAAUGCUAUAGAAAAUAAGCCACAACUGCCGCUGCAGCCACAAACACAGCCAAGUGCAACAAAAAAAAACGCAGAAACUAAACCAGUGGUGCCUGAGCUCAAGCCAGUUAAACCAGAAGUGAAGCCCGCUGCCACCGUCGCUCCCCCAUCGGUUCCGACUCCAUCAAAACCGAUUGAGAAACCCGCACCAGCCACACCACCUUCGACGCCCGCAUCAAGCCCGACCGUAAAGCCAGCACCAAGUCCUGUUGCUUUGAAAAAAGAAGCAGUGACCGAUGCAUUAGAUAGGAAAUUGCAGGAGGUGAAGAAACCUUUCGAGAAUGGAAAUGAGAAACUUAAGGAUAAUUUGAAGGAUGCCACAACUGGAUUUUUACAAAAGGAGUCACAAAAACCAUCAGAAAGAAAAUUAAACAUCAUGGUUGACGCUGCUGUUCUUGCUAAAUUGGAAGAAGGUUUCGCCAAAUUGGCCGCCUCUGACUCCAAGUCAUUGCUGAAGAAGUACUUGACUAAGGAAGUCUUCGACAACUUAAAGAACAAGACGACCCCAACUUUCAAAUCCACCUUGUUGGAUGUCAUUCAAUCCGGUUUGGCCAAUCAUGAUUCCGGUGUUGGUAUUUAUGCACCUGAUGCUGAGGCUUACACCAUUUUUGCCGAUUUGUUUGACCCCAUCAUUGAGGAUUACCAUGGUGGUUUCAAGAAGACCGAUAAGCAUCCAGCCAAGGACUUUGGUGAUGUAAACUCGUUUGGAAAUUUGGAUCCCAACAAUGAAUUCGUCAUUUCCACACGUGUACGUUGCGGUCGCUCCUUGCAGGGUUAUCCAUUCAACCCAUGUCUCACCGAAGCCCAGUACAAAGAGAUGGAAGAUAAGGUCUCAUCCACAUUGUCUGGUUUGGAGGGUGAAUUGAAGGGCAAAUUCUACCCAUUGACUGGCAUGGAGAAAUCUGUUCAACAGCAAUUGAUCGAUGAUCAUUUCUUGUUCAAGGAAGGUGAUCGCUUCUUGCAGGCUGCCAACGCUUGCCGUUACUGGCCAACUGGACGUGGUAUCUAUCAUAACGACAACAAGACUUUCCUGGUGUGGUGCAAUGAGGAAGAUCAUUUGCGUAUUAUCUCCAUGCAAAUGGGUGGUGAUUUGGGUGAAGUUUUCCGUCGUCUAACAAACGCUGUUAAUGAUAUUGAGAAGCGUAUUCCAUUCAGCCACGAUGACCGUUUGGGCUUCUUGACCUUCUGUCCCACCAACUUGGGUACCACCAUUCGUGCCUCUGUGCACAUUAAGUUGCCCAAAUUGGCUGCUAACCUUGCCAAAUUGGAGGAAGUUGCUGGCAAAUAUAAUUUGCAGGUGCGUGGCACACGCGGUGAACACACCGAAGCCGAAGGUGGUAUUUACGAUAUCUCCAACAAGCGCCGCAUGGGUCUCACCGAAUACCAAGCCGUCAAGGAGAUGUACGAUGGCAUCACUGAACUCAUCAAGAUCGAAAAGAGCAUGUAAAUUGCUACAAUAGCAAUGCAACAUUGUUUCGACUCAAUAAUUUUUUUUAAAUUAUGUGUCGAAUGUUUAUUUGUAGUCAAGCAGAUGUUGUGUAGUUUAGUAUGUACUAAGUGAGUUUAAAGGGGUGGUGCAGCAGGUGGACAGGUCCCGGCAUUUUGAAUAUAAAUAAAUACUAAUUGGGGAGCUGCCUUUGCUGCUUUUUUCAAUGCCCUGCGUUCGUGAGAAAUGCCUUCCUGGAGAAGAACAACAUACAAACACCAUCAAAAACAACACUGCAACCACCAGAACACUAUUUAACAAUGAAAACACUCUUAUUCUUAAAACAAAAACAAAAAAAAACAAAAACAAAAAACAAAAAAAAGAAGAAUACGUCAAAUGUUUGGACAUUUUUGUGAAGCUGAAGAUAAAAAACACAAA